AUGUCGAGGUCUUUUUAUGUCGAUUCUUUAAUAAUCAAGGAUACGGUUCGACCUGGACCAAUUGAGCAUCCCGGGCAAGACUUCCUUAUUCCCAUCAGCAUGCACUCUCCGGGCAUGAUGACGGUCACCGCUCCGAUGUGCCCGUCCAGGAAAACAGGGACUUUUUGUGUUUGCCCGCUGUGCGUGUCGUCCCACAUCCACCAUUCCCGCAGCGGCAUUCCCAUGCUGAAGAGUCAGUUUCCAGGAGCGGAGGCGCAGUACUGUCAGAGGAUAGCGCACCAGCAGUCUGCUGCCCUCGCGCACCCGGGACAUACACCUGUCUGCACGCCCACCUUCAGCGUCACAGAUCCCAGGAGAUACCACUGCCUGUCUAUCGGCGCCUCAGACAACAGCCACAUACAGAAUGGCAAGAGGAUGCGCACGGCUUUCACAAGCACGCAACUCCUGGAACUUGAAAGGGAGUUUUCCACGAACAUGUAUCUUUCGAGACUCAGAAGAAUCGAAAUCGCCACGUAUUUGAACCUGUCAGAGAAACAGGUGAAAAUCUGGUUUCAGAACCGCAGAGUGAAGCACAAGAAGGAGGGGAAAGCCACCCAAAGGAGCGCACACAGCGGGUGCAAGUGCACAACCGGUCACACAGACUAUUCAAGGUCAGAGGAUGAGGAGUCUCUAUCUCCGGCCUCUGCUUCAGAAGAGAAAGAGGUGUCACCCAUCUGAUAACAACUCUCCAAUUCCCACUGCUGGCACUUACUCUGCCCUGCUGCAGUUAUGGUUAACGGCAUCAUGACAAAAAUAUCCUGCAUGAAAACUAAGAAGUGUUAAAAAUGUCAGUUGUUCUUCACUUCAUGUUUAUUCCCCUUUAAAAUUGAAGGAAAAAUGUGAAUACGUGUUUUAACACUGCCGUGAAAUAUUGGAAAACAUGACCUGAUGUAUGCCGUAAUAAUGAUGUAUUUUGAUCCAUUCUGGAUUCUAACCCGGGUAUAGUCAACCAUCCAAAUGUUUUUAACUAUUGCCUGAUAUCCCAUUUCUGUCGGUGAGGUUGUGUGGUUAAUAGUAUAGGCCUAACCUCUGUGGAACCUGUACGCAACUAUUUGUAAACUAUGUAUAUGAGUAUUUAUUGUAAUAAACAUGA